AUGCAGGGGAAAAAAUGCGAGGUGGAGGAGAACCGCUGCUUCCUCCAGUGCAGCGGCCGCGGCAAGUGCCAAGAUGCUUUCUGUCACUGCCAGCCGCCCUACUUCAGCCUGGGCUGCUCCAGGAGCAAGGUGUACCCUGCCAACCACUCCCGCCCCAGCCCCGUCAACUUCAAAAUCUACAUGUACGAGCUGAGCGCGCAGCUGGCUUAUGACCUUGACCUCGCCAGCGGCCCAGAGGAAGACCAUAUCCACUUGGCUCACCACAAGUUCAUUGAGCAGCUGCUGAUGAGCCCUGUGCGCACUGAGGACCCCUCGGAGGCCAACCUCUUCUUUGUGCCCGCCCUGAGCUGGAGCUACGGAGGCAACGCGCUUAAUGCAGUGCACUUGGACCUGGUGGCUGAUCACAUUGCCUCGCACUACCCGUACUGGAACCGCAGCCAGGGCAGGGACCACAUCUUUUGGCUCACAAACGACCGCGGCGCCUGUGCGCUCACCGGCCGCACAGAGGCGGCCAUCAAGCUCACGCAUUUCGGCCUGAACACCAUAAACAUUUCUGUUGGCUGGGGCCCCGGCGCAGCGACCAACCCAGAGAACGCAUGUUACAACCCGCUGCGUGAUGUGGUGGCCCCGCCGUUUGACGACAUGGCGCGGGAGCUCAUGGAGGUUUCCCGCAAGCUCAGCGUGGAGGACAUCAUUGCGGCCAAGACCUCGCUGUUCUUCUUCAGUGGAGCCGUGAGCAACGACUCAGAAUACAGCGGCAACACGCGGCAACUGUUACGAGAGCUGGUCAAACGCUGGAAUGACCCAGAGAUAAUUUUUGAGACCGAGGGCGAUACAGGGCUGGGCGACUAUGUGAAACGGCUGCGGGCCUCCAAGUUUUGCCCAGCGGUCUUUGGCUACGGAUUUGGCAUGCGGCUGCUGACAUGCGUGUUCUCCGGCAGCGUGCCGCUGGUCAUUCAGGAACGUGUGGCUCAGCCGCUGGAGGACUUGCUGCCAUACGAGACCUUCAGCCUGCGGCUGAACAACGGGCACCUGCCAGACCUGCCGCGCAUCCUGCGCAGCAUCACCGACCAGCAGUACCAGCGGCUGGUGCAGGGGCUGGUGCGGUACCGAGACGCCUUCCACUGGGAGCCGGCGGCUGGCGGCAAGGCUUUCGAGUACACCAUCGCCUCGCUGCGGCGACGCCACCUCAACUUCAAAUCCCUCUAUUAUUAG